UCCGGAGGAGCGGGGUCGACGGCCGGGGGCGGGGACGCGGGGCGGCGGGCGUGGCCGGAGUCGCGCGCUGCUGGCGCGCGGUCCCGAUAGAAAGGAGAAGGAGGGGCCCCGGGGGUGACGGUGCGGAGCCGCUGCCAGCGCUGGGCGACAGUCGGCGGCCGGAUCUGGGGAGCAGGAGGGCUGGAGGCCGAGGCAGCGGCGCGGGCCCCAGGAUACUCCGACCGAGUGGCGGCAGCGUCUGGCCAGGCGGGAGACGCUGCCCGGCCGUGGCGGGGAAGAUGUUUAGCGUGGAGUCGCUGGAGCGGGCGGAGCUGUGCGAGAGCCUCCUCACUUGGAUCCAGACAUUUAACGUGGAUGCACCAUGCCGGAUCGUGGAAGAUUUAACGAAUGGGGUUGUGAUGGCCCAGGUUCUUCAAAAGAUAGAUCCUGCAUAUUUUGAUGAAAAUUGGCUAAACAGAAUCAAAACUGAAGUAGGAGAUAAUUGGAGGCUAAAGAUAAGCAAUUUAAAGAAAAUAUUAAAAGGAAUCUUGGAUUAUAAUCAUGAGAUUUUAGGACAGCAAAUUAAUGACUUUACCCUUCCUGAUGUGAACCUUAUUGGGGAGCAUUCUGAUGCGGCAGAGCUCGGAAGGAUGCUUCAGCUCAUCUUAGGCUGUGCUGUGAACUGUGAACAGAAGCAAGAGUACAUCCAAGCCAUUAUGAUGAUGGAGGAAUCUGUUCAACAUGUUGUCAUGACAGCCAUUCAGGAGCUGAUGAGUAAAGAAUCUCCUGUCUCUGCUGGAAAUGAUGCCUAUGUUGACCUUGAUCGCCAGCUGAAGAAAACUACAGAGGAACUAAAUGAAGCUUUGUCAGCAAAGGAAGAAAUUGCUCAAAGAUGCCAUGAAUUGGAUAUGCAGGUUGCAGCAUUGCAGGAAGAGAAAAGUAGUUUGUUGGCAGAGAAUCAGGUAUUAAUGGAAAGACUCAAUCAAUCAGAUUCUAUAGAAGAUCCUAAUAGUCCAGCAGGAAGAAGGCAUUUGCAGCUCCAGACUCAAUUAGAACAGCUACAAGAAGAAACAUUCAGACUAGAAGCAGCCAAAGAUGAUUAUCGAAUACGUUGUGAAGAGUUAGAAAAGGAGAUCUCUGAACUUCGGCAACAGAAUGAUGAACUGACCACUUUGGCAGAUGAAGCUCAGUCUCUGAAAGAUGAGAUCGACGUGCUGAGACAUUCUUCUGAUAAAGUGUCUAAACUAGAAGGUCAAGUAGAAUCUUAUAAAAAGAAGCUAGAAGAUCUUGGUGAUUUAAGGCGGCAGGUUAAACUCUUAGAAGAAAAGAAUACCAUGUAUAUGCAGAACACUGUCAGUCUAGAGGAAGAGUUAAGAAAGGCCAACGCAGCGCGAAGUCAACUUGAAACCUACAAGAGACAGGUAGUAGAACUGCAAAAUAGAUUAUCCGAAGAAUCAAAGAAAGCAGAUAAACUAGAUUUUGAAUAUAAACGGCUGAAAGAAAAAGUUGACAGUCUUCAAAAAGAAAAGGAUAGACUGAGAACAGAAAGGGAUUCUCUGAAGGAAACCAUUGAAGAACUUCGUUGUGUACAAGCUCAAGAAGGGCAGCUCACAACUCAAGGGUUAAUGCCUCUGGGAAGUCAGGAGUCUUCAGACAGUCUAGCUGCAGAGAUUGUUACACCUGAAAUCAGGGAGAAACUUAUACGUCUUCAGCUUGAGAAUAAGAUGUUAAAACUUAACCAAGAAGGUUCGGACAAUGAAAAAAUAGCCUUAUUGCAGAGCCUUCUAGAUGAUGCAAAUCUACGCAAGAGUGAACUGGAGACAGAGAAUAGGCUGGUGAAUCAAAGACUUUUGGAAGUACAGUCACAAGUUGAAGAAUUGCAAAAAUCUUUACAGGAUCAAGGCUCGAAAGCAGAAGAUUCAGUCCUUCUAAAAAAGAAGCUUGAAGAACAUCUAGAGAAGCUGCAUGAAGCCAAUAAUGAACUACAGAAGAAGAGAGCCAUUAUUGAAGAUCUCGAGCCAAGAUUUAACAACAGCUCCUUAAAAAUUGAAGAAUUACAAGAAGCUUUACGAAAGAAAGAAGAGGAAAUGAAGCAAAUGGAAGAACGAUAUAAAAAAUACUUAGAGAAAGCCAAAAGUGUUAUUCGUACUUUAGAUCCUAAACAGAAUCAAGGAGCAGCACCAGAAAUACAAGCUCUUAAAAAUCAGCUCCAGGAACGAGACCGACUGUUUCACUCAUUAGAGAAAGAAUAUGAGAAAACAAAGAGUCAAAGAGAGAUGGAAGAAAAAUAUAUUGUUAGUGCCUGGUACAAUAUGGGAAUGACUCUGCAUAAAAAGGCAGCUGAAGAUAGACUGGCAAGCACAGGCUCAGGGCAGUCGUUUCUGGCAAGGCAGAGGCAAGCGACCAGCAGCAGAAGAUCAUACCCAGGCCAUGUGCAGCCGGCUGCAGCAAGGUAGAAAAGCACUGCUGCUCAAACACAGUACAGACACCUGCACCCACAGCAUACUUCUGUUACACACAACAUUUCAGGAAGCUCAGCCAGCUUAUUUUUUGUUUCUCUUCUGUGUCAAUACUUAGUGUUUCUCCUUCUGAGAACUUUUUGUCUCUCCUGUAUCUUUGUUUUAGUUUCUUUGGUUCUUAUUUUGUUGUCCUUUCAGUUCUUCUUAAUGUGCCAAAAAUUUGUACAUGUCCAAUUAAAAAUGUUGUAUAAUAGUGUAAUACUUUUCUUUGUAUGAAAAUGUCCUCUUCCUUCCUCAAAGGUGUAGGCUUUGUAAUGAAUUAGAUUUUCUGCCAAUAAUUAUAUACAAUUUAUAUUCUUUAUUGUGCCCGUGUGUUACCAUGCUUUAUAAGAAUGUCUUUGUUUAAAGGGAAUUAAUCUUUUUAUGAUGUAUUAAUCUGUGUUUUCAGUUGUUUUCCAAGUACAGUUCAAAUAACUUGCAUAUUUACUCUAAAAAUGGUUGACAAGUGUUCUUUUUGCAAAGACAUAAAUACAUUGGCAGAGGUGCUAAGCAUAUCUUCCCUAAGGCACUUGGUAGAAUUUGAGGAAAAAAUGAGUUUUCACAUUGCUUAAUAGGAAAUUAAAUUUGCCCAAAGAUUUGGAGACUAUUUUUUAAACAUAAAUACAUAAAAUUUCAUUA